GGCAGCGCUCGGCCGCCGCCGGGCCCAGGGGCAGCGCGGAGCGGCGCGGAGAUGGUGCCGCUGGUGCGGGGCGCCGGGGGCUCCCACCAGUGGCUGGCGGCCGUGCUGCUCGGCCUCUGCUGCCUGCUGCCCGCCGGGCGGCUUGCCGCGCCGGGAGGGGACUUCCCCGGGGCUGCCGCGGACAGCCUGGUGGUGCGGAAGGGGGACACGGCCGUGCUCAGGUGUUACUUGGAAGAUGGAGCUUCCAAAGGUGCGUGGCUGAACCGCUCGAGCAUUAUUUUUGCUGGCAGUGACAAAUGGUCGGUGGACCCUCGAGUUUCCAUCGCGACAGCAAACAGGAGAGAGUACAGCCUGCAGAUCCAGGACGUGGACGUGACAGAUGACGGUCCCUACACCUGUUCUGUGCAAACCCAGCACACUCCCAGAACGAUGCAGGUGCACCUAACUGUGCAAGUUUCUCCGAAGAUAUUUCGUAUUUCGAGUGACAUCGUUGUGAACGAAGGCAGCAAUGUUACUCUCGUGUGUCUGGCCACCGGGAAACCAGAGCCCUCCAUUUCCUGGAGACACAUCUCUCCAUCUGCAAAACCAUUUGAGAGCGGGCAGUACCUGGACAUCUAUGGAAUUACAAGAGAUCAGGCUGGGGAGUACGAAUGCAGCGCAGAAAACGACGUCUCAGUCCCAGACGUGAAAAAAGUAAAAGUCACAGUAAACUUUGCUCCCACAAUUCAGGAACUUAAGUCCAGCGGAGUGAUGCUCGGAGGGAACGGCCUCAUCCGGUGCGAAGGCGCGGGCGUUCCUGCCCCGGUCUUUGAGUGGUACAGAGGAGAGAGGAAACUGAUCAGUGGUCAACAAGGAAUUACUAUUAAAAAUUAUAGCACGAGAUCACUUCUUACUGUUACCAAUGUGACAGAAGAGCACUUUGGCAACUAUACCUGUGUUGCUGCCAACAAGCUUGGGAUGACCAAUGCCAGCCUGCCUCUCAACCAAAUAAUUGAGCCUACUACCUCUAGUCCUGUCUCAAGCCCAGCUCCCAGUACGGCCCAGUAUGGGAUCACCGGGGAUGCCGAGGUCCUGUUCUCCUGCUGGUACCUUGUGUUGACACUGUCCUCCCUCACCAGCAUAUUCUACCUGAAGAACAUCAUUCUGCACUGAGUGUAAAGAACCCUAAAAGGCUUUUAAGGAUUCUCUGAAAGUGCUGAUGACUGGAUCUGAUCUGGUAGAGUUUGUUAAAAGCAGCGUGGGAUAUAAUCAGCAGUGCUUGCGUGGGGAUGAUCGCCUUCUGUAGAAUUGCUCAUUAUGUAAAUACCUUAAUUCUACUCCUUUUUUGAUUAGCUGCAUUACCUUGUGAAGCAGUACACAUUGUCCUUUUUUAAGACGUGAAAGCUCUGAAGUUACUUUUAGAGGGUAUUAAUUGUGAUUUCAUGUUUGUAAUCUACAAGUUUUCAAAAGCAUUCAGUCAUGGUCUGCUGAACUGCAGACUGUAGUUUACAAAAAAAAAAGGAGAAUAUUGCAGUAAAAUGGGCUUCUUUAAGGCUGCAAUACAACAUUCAGUUCCCUUCUUAAAUAACAUUCUCUCCACAUGUACACAGGAACUUUUUUUUUUUUUUAAUUAAAAAAAAAAUCAAAUAAUCUUGCCUUCAAAAUAUUUCUUCGGAAUACUACACAUAUCUAGAUUUUCUUCCAGCAUGAUAUUCAGGUUUCAAGAAUGAGCCUUGUAUUAUAACUGCAUUGUGCAGUACUGCUUUUUGAUUUCUUCCUUUUUCCUGCAAAUUCAGCAUGGGUGUGCCUUCAUAAAACACUAUUUUCCUCUUCCUUUCCAACAAAUCUGGAAUGUGCUUUGGGAAAUGCUACAGCAUCCUUUUGAGCAUAACCGAUCUCUGAGGACGAAGGUGCUAUUGGUUAGGCAGAAGGCCUCCUCUCCCAUCUCCAGUGGGUAAUGGGACUGCUUCAGUGCAUUUUUAGGCAAUCAGACAAGGACAGCACCGGUCCCUUUUCAUUUCCCCCCUACUAAGCGGUGGACGAUCUGCAUUAAGAACGAGUUUCCCCACUACAAAAGAGAAUGCAAAUUAUUUUGAGACAUCUUUUGAAUGUAAGAAGGUUUCCCGUAGUCAUUCUAAAUCAGAAUUCCUAAGUGGCUGUAAAUGUGAGGAGCUGAAUCAUCCCUUUUGUAUUACUGGCAAAAAUAUGAUGUGAAUUGGUAUUUUUCUUGCACUUAAUUUUGUACUGGUUUGGCUAAUUUAGCAAUGAUAAAGGAUGCUUUUAAGUAUUAGAUAUCUGAAAAUACAUAAAGUAUCAAGCAGAAUUUUAUAUAUAUAUAUAUAUAAAAUACAGAUAUAUAUUAAAACGAGGUUGCUCCAAUAACCGUACUGAAGUGCAUGCUGCCGUCAGUGACGCAUCUACAGACAGGACUUCAUUCCUGAUGUACACACACUGUACAGAUAGCUUACCACAGCAGUUUAGUCAUCAUACACCAUCUCCUAGGACUGCAGUCUAUCAAGAUAAGGCUCGCAUUAAACUCAAUGAAGGAUCAAGUUUCAAAAGAGCAUCUAGAAUCACUGUUUUUUUCUAAGCAGCCCCGUACUACAUCAGUGCAAAACAUUGCUGCAGUUUACAGCUGAGUUUAGAAAUGCCAUCCUUGUCAGUUGCUGGGAUGUGACUGUGUACAAUAGCCUUAGAACACAACGUCUCCUAUUGACCCAGUAGAUGCUGAUGUGCUUAAAGAAACAACAGCUGACGACAUGAAUAAUAAAGCCAUUAUAUAAGUACUGCAUUCUCCCUCCUAACGAUAAGGUCUGUGGUUAGCAAUAUCAGAUGAGUGCUGUGCAUACGCAGCAGUUCCGAAUCCCCCCGUGUCUGAAAAGGCAAAUUGUGAGUUGGGUUGGACUCACUGUGCACUGUCCCAUGCUGAAGCACAGGCACAGCGUGCAGUGAAGCUGUUGCAGUUACUGAUGAGCCCAGAUGCACGGAGUGAAAUGCAUCGACUCCAAAAUACGGCAAUAAAGCGUCCUAGGUCUGCCUGUGCUCAGUGACAGGCUGUGCCACUUCUGUCACGUCAUUUGCAGCUGUGUGCUGAGCAGUGGCCAUCUUCAGAAGCAUGGCAUUUCUGUAAAACCUUGAAUAACAUGACCAAACUCGUUGCUGAAGGAAACGGUUUAAAGCCAACUCAAAUACACAGUAGCCCUUAUAUUCUUCUCUCCCUUGUAUUGCAGCUUUAAAGUGCCAUAUUUUAGAAUCUGUUCAUUGGAAAGAGUGGUGCUGCAGAAAACAUCACGUCAGGGCAGACUUGUGAAGAAAGCACAGGGUGUGUGUAACCCAGCUCACCUGCUGCUCCUCGUGUGAAUGUGAGAUGGGCUGUGCUGGGGCUGGGUCCAAUUGGGCAUUUCCAUUAUGAUUUUGUUUUGGUGAUUCCUGACAUCUGAAACAACCCCAGCAACAGAAUGGAAUGAAGGGCAGCUUAAUUAAACUUGAAGAAAAGGAAGUAUUGGCUGAUGGCAGAUGUAGAACCACUGGGUUAUGUGGACAAAGCUUUCAGCCCCAUUAAUUCUCUGUUAAAUUUGUGAGUACGUUGCUGUUGUCACUUCCAAAAAGGAAAAGAGCCCACGAACAUUUCUGGGUGCCAGUAGCAGUUUGUCAGACAGAGGAGGUGUCUGAGCACUGAGCAGAGCCAUGUGCUUGGGGUGCAUGGGCUCACAGCCCCAUGUGCCCCAGUGCCAGCAGAGCUGCCCCUCAGUGUGCAGCCAACACGGGGCACGGGUGCUUGGCUUUGUGCUCCUGCCUUGAAAGAUAUGAUAUGUGGAGUUAAACAAGCUCAGGUUCUGGCAGGAUCAGAGCCCUAGGAGGCAUCGAUCCCAUAAAGAACCUAAGCUCUGUGGUUAAUCUGUUCUGUGUGGUAAAGGCAGUCGUGCAGUUUGGGACUUGCUGGGACGUCCUUCCAGCACGGGCUGUGCAGGCUGCUGCAAGCUGAAGGCUGCAGCAUUGGGCAGAGCCCACUCUCUCUUUAGUUUGUGGGGUGUGUUUGCUUUAGGCAGCCGUCAGACGGAACGUUCUGUGCUUCUUGGAAUGGUUGACCUGUACUGUUCAUCUCUGUUGAUCAAAUCGCAUUCUAUUUAUUCCCACCUUUAAAAAGUAAAAAAUAAACAGCUCAGCUCCAAGCAGAAUAACUGAAUAUGUAUAUGAAGAUCACUGUCUGCAUGGGAAACCCCAAGGUCUGUAAUGCUGUAAGUUCCCACUCGUGCGAUAACUCAGGGCUGCUAAUCACCGUUGCAUCGGUGACGUGAGCAGCAGCAGCAAUGCUCAAAGAGAGGCAUUGCUGAUCAGGAUAUUAUUCUAUUACGGAAUUAAACUCGUAACUUCUUGAACGAAUGCCAUUUCUCAAGGUUUAUAACGUGGCAGGAAGUGUAUCCAUCAUUGCUAGACAGCUUUUUUUAAACUUUUCAAUAUAUAUAUUUUUGUUAGAAACUGUGCUGUUUUUUAAGAUACAGGGGUGUUAAACACCGUCGCCAGGAAAAGCUGCUUCUUUGCACAUUUUCAAAGUUAGCAUUCUAGACCAACUAUGGUAAAUGUUACACUUACCAAAAUCUCUUCUUAUUCCACAUAAGUGUGUUGUAAAGAAUGUGUAUACCAAAAUACGUAUUUACAUGGAUGAACAAUAUGCCUUAAAGACUCAGUGAGCGUUUACUUCCGAGACUGGACAAGUUUGUGCCCAGUCUGGAGGUAAAUAAUCCAUACUUCAUAGCCUGCCAUGGGAGAUUUCAUUUCUUCAAAAAAUAAUAAUAAUAAAAGAAAAAGAAAAAGGAAAAUUCAGUUUCUUUUCAAAGAAUCUUAACGAAUUUCAAAAUUCUGGCAUGAUCUGACAUAUGUGAGGAAGUGUAGGAAAGGGGUGAAGCUUUAUCUCUGGCUCCAGUAGUGAGCAGCCUGUCUGCAGUGUUGUGCCAGCAUCAGGCACUGCCAUACAGACCUCGUUCCUGUGCCAAGGCCACAGGCAGCCUGUCCCUGUCCUCAUCCCUGGUCCUGUCCCCAGCCCAGUCAUGGCCAAGCCAUCACGUCAGCACUGCCUGUCCUCCUUCUUGCUCCCGCUGGGGACCAGCAACCCAUAGCCUCCACUUGUGCCACAGCACACAGAAUUCUUUGACAUCAUAAACUGUUUUAAAAAUAAAUCAAUAAAAUGAUCGUAAGUGAGAAACAUAAAUUCUUCAUUCAGCCUUAACAGGGAGUAGAUCGAUAGUUGGAAGGAGGAAUUUGCUCUGCCUGUGUUGAUGCACUGGACACACUUAGGCAGGGUUGGCUCCAAUUUUUGGCUGUGCCUGGUGUUCCUCACUGAGCACAGAGCGAAGGCAGGGAGCUCACUGCGGUCAAGGACACCCGUAGCACAUCUGGACGCAGCCCAGAUUGCUGCAGGAGGGGCUCAGGACAGCAGGGGUGGAUUCUCAGGGGCUGCUGCUCUGAAAUUGUCCCUCAGCAAAGGCAGGCAGACCUCACCUUCAGCACUGAGCCAACACACAUUUGCUCCUACAGCUUUCCGCCUGAUUCCUGGAGAGCUCAGAGGUUCCUUUAUAUUAGAAAAUCCUUAUGUUAAGAACUGUACACAUGGCCAUAUUUUCACAUCCCAUAGCCUUAGUUUCCAGCCCUCUGUCUUUUAAGGAACACGGAGCUUUCCUGUCAGCCGGUGGGGUUGAGUCUGUACUGUAGGACAAGCUGCAGGGCUGAUCUGUCAAGCUCUGUGUGCUGGCCUGCCUCCUGCUGAGGUUACGGGGCCAUCGGGCUGCCAUGCCAUCAAGUCAUCAGGCUAUGGAGCCUUUGGGUAAUCAGGCCUCGUGGCAUUGGAUCUCCAUCCCUUGGGCCUCCAGCCAUCGGGACAUUGAAGGCCGUUGGGUGAUGAGUCAUCAUGGCGCUGGGUCAGCAGCUCACCAUCAGGCUGUAAGGCCAGCGGAUCAGCAGAGCAGCGGCCAAGGGACGUGCCAACUGCUGGCCCUGCACUGCGGUCCUGGUGGCCGCUUAGUGGUCCUGCAGGGCUCCCUCUAAGCAUGCCAGCCCCUGUCCCUGGGACAGGAGAGGUGCAGCGAGGACCUUCCCUGAGGGCACUCAGCAAUCCAGUGCGAGCACCUCUGAACCAAACUGCAAGCAGUAAUGCAAAGUAACACAGCUGAAAGUCAUUUUACUUGUGGUCACUUUGAUCACCUGGGAGCUCCUCAUGUAGCCUCCAUGGCUGCUGUGCCACCAGGUAAACCUGAGCCCUGUUAGAAGAAUGAAUUACAUGGGUGCAGCAAGCCAGAGCCAAGUGAGGAGGGGAGGUGAGCAGGAGCCAGUGUUGUGCUGCAGACACAGGAAUUUCCCUUCCUAUUUUCCAAAUAUAAAAGUAUUCAUUAUUCCUCCAAACCUUUUUUUUUUUAAUGCUGCCAGAUACAAAAUGCCUGUAAUGAUGAUAUAUAUCAUAUUUGGUAUCUAGAGGGUGAAAUUUCUCCUCUCCGAGCACACAUCCAUCCUUCUCUUUAUUAUUUUUCAGCCAAAACCAAAACACAAUUCGCACAUUACAUGAUGCAAUUUAUGUGCAAUAACACCAGCUUUUCCACUUAUCAAAACCAUUAUAGUCAUAAGCACAUAACUCCCAUUAACCUCAGUGACAGCGACUUAAAUGUGAACCACAAGUGAGAAUAAACCUUAAAGAUGUCAUUUAACAGCAGCAGCCUUGUUUUCUGGUAUGUGUCUAAUGGUGAGAUGGAGGCUCAUUUCUUCCCCCUGCACCUUUCUAGUAUUUCCUCCUGAUGCAAAGUGCCCUUUCCCUACCUGCAGUGCGGUCAGGUCGGAGGUGUGGUGGUGGUGCUUUGUGCUCAUGGAGCAUCACCUCGGGCAGCAGCACCCAGCAGUGCCCAGGGAGCCCACGCCAUGCUAACGAGGCAGCUCUGCGCUGCAAUUCCAGCUCUGUAGCAGCUCUGGGAGGUAGCACAGUUCAUUAGGCUACAACAGCUUAAAGAUGUUAAAAAGGCUGGUUUUCCUCUCUCAUUUAAGUGCGUUGGGUUGCUCUUCCGUGGAACUUUGAAUUCACUGUUUUCUUCAUUAACUUUGACCUUUUUACAUCUAUAACAAUAAGAAAAAAAUAGAGUUAACUUUAGAGCAAGCUACUGCAAAUUCACUUCGCCUGGGCUUCUACAAAGCCUGGUGCAAGAAAGACCUUUCCUGUACUAAAAGGAUUUAAGGUUAGGGAUACUAAGCUGCUCUGAGUCGUUCCUCACCCACUCUCAGCUGGGCACAGGCCCCUUUCACCCAGUGCCUGUGGGCAGCAGAGCACAGCGGGGCACAUCAGGCUGCCAGGGCAGCUGCCAUUUGUGGUGGGAUAUUUGUGUAAAUCUGAAACAGCUGAGGACACGGCUAUAGGCUUUGGCCAUAGGUAUACAACAAGCCCAGCUAAAGAGAGCGCUGGUCCCAGUCCUGCCUCCUCUAGAUAUUCCCAGGCAGUCUCUACCAACCAAGCAUGGCUUAGUUCUAUGAGCUGUGACAAUAACUGGGAGUUUUGCUUUCCAGCCCAGUCCAGCCCCACUGUGCUGCUGGGACGCUCAGCUCUUCCCAACUGUUGUCUUUCUCUCAUUUUUGGUGCAAACAAGCAAUGUGCUGCUCUGCUGCCCGUGCAUCCCAUUUCAUAGGGGUUUGUUUCCCAUGUCCCUUGUUACCUGAGCAGGGCCAGCGCUGGGGGGGUGCAGCUUCACCUUCCCAGCUGCAAAAUACCUGGUGGAAGCGCAUGUGAGCUUCAGCACUAAGUCCCUUUCGCCAUGGGAGCCCGGAUUGGUGUCUCAGGCUUUGUGUCAGUGCCUUACACAGCUCCUGCAGGGCAGUGCGGGUGCUGAGUCCCACUGCUCCCGGGGAGACACAGGGAGAGCGCCGCGUUCAUCCUUGGCCGUUUCAGUGUGUUCAUUUUGCUGACAGACUGUGAUCUUGAGAUCGUUGUUCCUCGCUUCUUCAUCACGCGGAAGGUUGUGAGAAGUAAUUAUUUUAGCAUAUGGCGAGAUGUGCAAUUAUUACCGCUCGGCUCUUCAUCGUAGACAAUCUGCUUUAGCAUGGCUCUCCCGUGAGCACCAGCAGCAUGGGGCUCGGCCAAUUCCAGCACAGAAAGCAGCAGCCACCCCCAGACAAGUUCCUAAUUUCCAAUUCCUCCCAGAAGCCGUGACACUGCUGUUAAUGGCAAGUAAUAACGGCCACGGGAUGGAGCCUUAAAAUGAAUCACAAUAGUUGGAUGUCAUGGGCUAUUAAUUGAAUAAUUGCUUUAAGUCACUGUAUUCAUGGUUUUGGUUAUGAAGGCAUUUUAUCUAUAGUUAAUGCUCACGCUUUUAGCAAACCUGUGACUUGUGAAAAGCACCUUAACGUCCCAAUAAAUCAUGGUUUCCAUGGCAGGAUCUCCUGGCGCCUUGCAGGCAGCAAAGUGGGUCCCUGCAGCGUGGCAGGGAGGGCAAGAGGCACAAAUCGGGCAGCAGGGAACAGCUACCACGGGCUGUGUUUGCAUCAAGGCAGGCAGACAACAUGCUCAAAGAAAAGCCAGGCUGCAUGCAGCUCCCACAGCAGCCCUGCCCUUUCUUCUGCCCAGUAGCAGCCCCAGUGCCAACCUGAGCUCACAGGCAGCAUCCGCGCCCCUGCCCACCUCCAUGGUGGAUGUGUGUGCCCUGGGGAUGUGUGUGCCCUGGGGAGGGCUGGUGCUCCCCACGCACAGCUCGCGGCUUUAAGGCAGCAGCAGAUAUGCAAAUGCACUCAGCAGAGCACUCCCGCAGAUGUUCUUAUUUAAAACAACCUGAACCCACCUAAAGUAAUAACCUCGAAACCGCCUCACUGCUCCCAUACGUUCUGAGUCACUGCUGCAGAAUACCACAGGAAUAUUAUUUUUAUAAGAGAGAACCAUUUACUAAGUAAGCCACCUGUUAAAUAAACACACCCUCUCUCCAAAUAUUGCUGUUUUGUUUUCCAGACUAUGCACAAUCUGGAUUUAUUUUAGAUGAGAAAAGAUAAUCACUAAAGAAAAAAACCUGUAUUUUGACUAUUUGAAACCAUCCAUCUUGAGCACACAUCUGCUCCUCCACAAGCUGGCAGAGCGCUUACAUUAACGAGAAUCAUCGUUCCUUAUUCAGCCGGGAGCUAAUGAACUUCUAUCAUCAGACCAUGGCAGUCGUCAUUUAUUUUAACUUCUCCAAGCCUUCCAUUGUUUCCUAUCCGCCCAGCGUGGCUUGCCAAGAGAGGUGUCCUCUCAUGGAGACAGAGGGCAGCUCCGGUCUCACUGUGCCAUCAGCUUUUCCAUGCUUCUAAAGCCACACUGAGCAUCACCCCAUCUUUAGCAGCGUGGCUGUUGCUGCAGAGUUCCCCUCCCCAUGGCCACCUGCACUCAGCACCAGCUGCAGGGAAUUCAUGUGGGAGAGGUUCAGUGUUUUCUGGGUUUGGGGUCCGUCAGCUCCCAGGGCACUGCGAUGUUCUUCCCAUCCCAGAGGUGGGAGAGCAAUGCUUGCAGACUGGCUACAAGGAGCUCCGUGCAUCCCACGUGCAUGCAGACAUUAGUGGGGAUUUCAGACGGCUUUGGCAGAUCGUGCAUGCUCGGGUCUGCAACUGAUAGCUUGUUGCAAGUAAUUAUACAGCACAGACAGAGGCUUGCAGGUGGGCUGCGAGCCCUCACCCAUGGUGAGCAGUGCCAGAACAACAUCCUGCUGCUGAGAGCACUGCUGCACGCUGCUCUCCAGCAAACUGGUGGGCACGGCCUCACUGCUGCUGGCAGCACAAGCAGGCGGGGAUCACCUGGGGGCAUAAGUAUGGCCAGAAGGAUGCACUGCCAGUGUGAGCUCAUACCCAACUGCAGGCACAGACUGGGACAAAACUGCUUCUAAAUCAGCCCCUGUUCUCUUCCCUUUGUGAUAAUGAAGCCUCUGCCAUUUUGCAUCGCCACAUGUGUUUCCCUGCUCUUUGGCACUCAGCACCUCGGCACAGGCACCUUUAGCUGGUGCUUUUCCCAUACAUCUGAAUAACACAGCAGCAAAACCCUCAUUGCACAGCCCGCACCUUCCAGCCAGCAGCCUUCUCCUUAGGGCUGAGCUCAGCAGCCUUGGGCUCACAGAUGUCUGUCCAACACAGCAUCACCAAGUCACUCUGUGACUUUCUCCCAAGCACUUUCACGCAUCUUUACUCCAAUGCAAAACCUUAGGAGAUUUCACAAAGCCUAUUCUACUCCUUUCCCUUUAAGUGCAGCCCACAAACUAAUGGUGCCUGUUAAUUAGGCAGCUAAACCCGAAGGAAAAAAAAACCCUAAGGAGAAAAAAAAGUAAUGCUUCUCAUUUGAAGGUACUGCGCUGCAAAACACAUUAAAGACUUGAGCCAGCUUUUAAUAACUGAGAGACGCUUUAAUUAGAGUUGACAUAUGAACCAAGCAUGUGUGCCAUGCCCAGGGUGGGCUCACAUACGUGUGUGCCCUACAUAGGGGUGUGUGCAGGUUACACACACAUGGGUGAGCCAAGCAGAGGACCCCAAAGAGGCUGCUGGCUUUUGAACCUCUGUGCUCUUAGAUGAUUAACAGAGGGAAGAAAAAAUAUUUUGCAUACCUGAGUCUCCAUUACACUAGUGCAAAAAGAAGUUAAUUUGGAACUAUUGCAGCCACCAUUAGGAAAAAAGUUGUAUCCAUGUAGGACAGACCCUUCCCUUCCCUCAUCUCAUCUCAUCCUGGUCCAUAUAGAAAUCCAGGACUUGUUGCUCUCAAAGAACAGACUUCAAAUUUCUAUACUCACGUCAGGGCAGCAUUAAAUAUUGAAGUGAGAUAUUAAAAUUUCAGAGAGCCUAAAUUAAACCUGAGGUAUUCAAAAAUAAGUGUUCCUGCAUAUUUAAUACCAGAGAUCUCAUAAUUAACAUUAGAAAUCUCUCAUAUUAAGAAAAUGAGGAGCUGCCUAAAAACCAAUGACCACAGCUGUGACCUUCCAGGCACACAUUGGGUCUGCUAUGGAGGAGGCAUAGAUUUGUUAGCAGGCUGGAAGCAAAGUAAGCCAGGGAGGAUGGGGUUUGUAUGUCCCUGGAAGGUCUUCACUGCCCACAUAGUGACCAGCAGGGUAAGCCCAGCGCUUGGCAGGCUGCUUGCCCAGCUGAGUGGGUGCCCCUGCACAGGUGUUUUUGCUCCCUUCACCUGAGUUCCCAGGGCUGUGAAAUAGCUCUGGUUAUCACACGGCUCCUCGAGAUUUAAAGCCUUAUUUAAGCACCUGAAUUUAUUAUUCUAAAUGUUUUUGUCCCUCAUGCACUGCUAUAAGUGGGAAGUUGCAUUAAAUCAAUAGUAUGCCACAUUUUUAGGUCUCUCCAAGGAUUUGAAAAUAGCAAACAAGGCCACAAGUCCUGCAGGUACCAGCAGCAGCCAGCUCCUACAGUGUGCUGAGCCAAGUGGUUGUGCUUAGAACUGCAUAACUAAUAGAACUCAGCCAGCAGAGACUGUGCCCCAGCUUAUGAACACUGGGCUCUGCUCAUCCUGCUUCCACAGAUACAGAUGAUCUUAUCAUCACAGCCUUUUGUGUCUGUGGAAAUCAAGUAGAGAUCACCAAAUGUCCUCCCACAGAAGAACAUAGCUCUGUGACAACGGGUAGGCUCAAGGUUACGGACACUGGUUUAACAUUGACAAUUCGUCCAGUCAAAGUAAAUAUGCUUUUCAUGUGCCUAUACAAAAGCUGCUCCACUACUAUUGCAAAAGGAGUCAUCAGCUUUGUCAACGGCAACACCAAAUGGCUGCCCCAUGUCACACAGCACUGGCACACAGCUCUGCAGGCAGGGUGGGCAGUGAGACAGCACCCCAAUAGCGUGCCCUGGUGCAGGGCUCCCAGCAGAACCUUGAGGACCCAGGCACAGCCCACAGUGCAGCACAGCUGUGGGCUGUGAUUUGUUAGGAUGGCUGCUAACUUGCAGUGCUCGAUUUCAGAGGGUCACUCGGUACAAUGGCAAACCACUCGUUCCCAGCAAAAUGUCAGAUUAUGGAUGGAGGGGAAGAGAAGGGGCACAGAGAGAUAAAACCAUAUACUGUCAAAACAAUAAAGGAAAAAUCAAUCUUUAUGACAGAUGAGAAAGGAGAUUUACAGUGUAAUCAGAAAGCACAAAGAGAUUCAUGGCUUGCCAGAGUGGUAUCCAGGCAGCAUUAUUCUAUAGAUGGCAACACAAUCGCACUGCCAGAUCUGUUUGUGUUUCCAAGCAAAUCUCUCUGUGCGUCCUGAUGGAGUGGGCACUACAAGCACAGAUCUCAGCACUCCAUCCGCACGCUGUGCCUCUCCAUGCACGGCUCCACAAUCCUUGGGCUGCUCUGAUGCAAUCAGCUGCACGGAGCAUGCAUUGCAGCAAUGGCAGGAGAUAAGAGCUGCCCGGAGGGAGAGAGGCAGUGCCACGUGGCUCCUCCUCACACAGCCAGAGCAGCAAUUAGCGUGGAAAGCAAGGCAGCCCUCCUCUGCUAAUGAGCUUCUGGCUAUCAAGCCAUUGUCUUAAUUUCUAGGCAGUCGGAUAAGAUAUCUUUUAGAUAGGAUCAAAAUGGCCGCUCAGCUUGAAUGCAAAGAAAUCCUGAUCUAUGAGUUUAAUACCAUGUAAAGCUUAACGUAUACUUCAGCCUGAACCGGUUCGGAUUGCCUGGCAUUUUUUAUCUAAAAAGCAAGAAUCACACAGUGAGACCCCGAGGUGAUUUAAUCAUCGGUUGCAGCAAUGGAAAAACAAACCCUUUUUUUUUCUCUCUCUGCAAAACCUCUCCUGCCAUGUGAUGACCACCCAGGCCUCCUGACUCUGUGCCUUCCUCUCUGGCAAACCAGGGGUUCUGGACUAUGUGCUGUGCCCCCCAGGAUGGACCUGUCGUGCCAGCCCCCACUUGAGGCCAGCAGCAGAAGCAGCCACUCAGGCUGGGAGCUGUCAGCAAUGCAGCAGAGCCCGCAGCCUGCCAGGCCAUGGUCUGUUUGGUGCAGCUCGCUCCCCUGCUUGGUGUGGCAUUCAGGCCCCAUUGGGCCACCUGCAGCUGCUGCACUGUUCCUUACAUCUCAGUGCUGAUUGAUAAGCUCACAGUCAGCUCAGGGCUCAUGGUAGCAUCAUUGAGAACAAAAUCAGCAGUGAGAUAGGCAGCCAAGCUCAGACCCAGCCAGGAAAACCAUGAUGCUGAGUCUUUUCUUCCCAGCAUCUCUCAAAACAUCUCAGAGGAAGGUGUCAAGUGCAGACCCAUAGGGAAUCUGCAAACCCUGGCAAUGUGCAAUUGCAAAACAAGGCAUGCGCAGGGGUUAAACACACAGACCAGUCUGUAGCACGGAUGUAGGUCUGUAGACACUCUCACCCUGUCAAUUAUUUAAAGAACAGACCACAGCAGAACAAGUUGGAGCAGAGACCCGGCAGCCUGGUGAUGAGUCUUCCCAACCAUUCCCACCAAUAGCAUCACCAGAGAGCCCCAGCUCUAACAGAAUGACACAAGUUAUGUGCAUGUCAACAAAAUCGUUCAUACAGUACUCUGCAUGGCACACAGGACAGAAACAAUUACGAUACCAGUUAUGCUGUUUUCAUGUGGUGAGGAAUUAAUUCAUCCUCCAUGAAGCUCUGCAUCACAGUAGCAAUAAAUCAGUUGACUGAUAAGGGCAGCAGCACUGAAAAUUAUGUGAUCUGUUGGCCUAUUGCCUCAGCCAGGAAAAUCACAGAGAUUGGAAACCACAUCACACUCCUCCUUGGUCACUUUCCCCUUUUUCCCGUUGAAGCCUUGGUUAGCUCCUGCUAUCUGUUAUGUUUAGAGAGUCAGGAGCAGAAAAGUAAGCAGGAGAAAACCCUGAAGGCAUCAGGUUGACGCCACGCUGCUGCGAGUCAGUCGAAUUACUGUAAUCCUUAAUUUUCCCAAGAUAGUUUCAAAACAAUGAACUUACCAUUUUCAAGCCAAGCCAUUUGUGUAUGUCCUUUUCUCCUUUGUUCUCCGACGGUGGGCAACCAGAGUUUUAUUUUGCAUGAAGUUCUUUGGCAGCAUUCAUCCAUAAUCAUCAACAAAAUAAGUUAAUAUAUGUAGGCGACUAUAAUGACAGUAAAUGCAGUGUAGGAGGGAUAAUAUGUGCUUCAUUGUCAAUGCUCACAUGCUGAAUUAAAUACUCUAUUCUGGUCAAAUGCUAAUACACUCCAUGAGCACUUUUCCAUAAACACGUUUUUUAAAUGUAAGAUACAGAAGUGAUAUGAAUAAUAUAUUGGAAUGAUCUGAUAUAUGUGAGCUUAAGAAGGGGUGUUUUUCUGCAGCACGUCGCCUGGUACCGGCACUGGCACGAGCUGCAUUAAGUCUUCAUGAUGGUAUCAAUUCAGCCACGAGGACCUCAUCUGUAAAGGACGCGUUCUUUUCACACUGGAUUUGGCCAAAUGAUGGGGACCACCUCAGUUUUGAGCACCAGUAACUAUCAAUGAUUCCUCCUUUCUGAUAUAUUUAAGAUUUUCUCUCUUGUGGUUUGCAUUGCAGCCAUGGAUGAGGAGGGAAGCCAAGGGCUGUGAUGCUGUAUUGAUGCCUUGAGCAUAACUGCCGCAGGCCCUGCGCAUCUGGCUGAUACUUUAAUUAGUCUGCUAACACAGGGGGACUUUAAAGAGCAGUAAACAGCAGCACCCUGAAUUAAUGCCUUGCUUCUCUGCUGCCUGUUCUUCACAAAGAUAUUUUCCUUAGUGAUUCAGAGCAAAAGGCUUAGUAUGGUAUCAUAAGGCAACUCAAAAGAAUAAAUAAAUUGAACAGCAAAAAGCUCAAUAUUAAAAAGACAAUGUGAGAACAGUAUCUAAAUGGUACCACCUAUUUUGGAGCUAAAAAUAGGCUCAGAAAAUCAAAUUCAACAUUGACAUUGGAAUAAAGAAAAGACCUUAGUUGCUCCCCAGCCCCACAACAUCCCCAGCACCAACUGCAGACACCCUGUUGGAGCAGCAGCCCCAGCCUGGGGGUCCCAGCAAUGAGGAGCAGAGGUGGAGAUAUCACUGGAGGGUGAAACGAUUGAUCAGAGCCCUCUGAAACGUGACAUGGGUGAUAUUUUCAGUACUGAGGGAACAGACAUCUUUUUUCAUCCAUCUUUUCGCAUAGUUCUCUGCCUUCUAGGCAGAGACCCAUUGGCGAUCAGCAGCUGUCAAUGAGAUGCUCCAUGCAGUAUAAAGACUGGGACAAAGUAUUAUAUAUUUCAAAAAAAUCAUCACUCAUUGAAUCACAGCAUGGCCUGGGUUGCAAAGGAGCCCAACGCUCAUCAGUUCCAACCCCCUGCUGUGUGCAGGUCACCAACCAGCAGCCCAGGCUGCCCAGAGCCACAUCCAGCCUGGCCUUGGAUGCCUGCAGGGAUGGGGCAUCCACAGCCUCCUUGGGCAACCUGUGCCAGUGCCUCACCACCCUCUGGCUGAAAAACUUCCUCCUCAUAUCCAACCUAAACCUCCCCUAUCUCAGUUUAAAACCAUUCCCCUUGUCCUAUCAGUGUCCCAAAAUCACACAAUGUCCAAUCAAAAUCACACGACCAGUUCCAACCUGCUGGUGGAUUUCCAUGGAUCCCAUGACUAAUGACCAAUUAAUUCUGACUGUUUCAAGGGUGCUUACUCUUAAUUAUAAACUCCUGCUUAUCUUUACAGACUAUGUCACCUGUAAUUGCAUAUCUUUCCAAUAUCUCUUGGUUCAAAAAACAAAAUAAGCAUUAAUGUUUAAGACCUAAAGCUGACAGCUGGAUGCUUCUCUAGCAGAGUUUGGGAAUGCAAAGCAAUGGCAGCUCAGAUGUGUGGAAUGGUUUGGAAUGCAGGGACGGGGAGCUGAGGUGCAGUGCUGCCCACAGCCCCCGGUGCCAUGGGAGCCAGCAAGCACUGCCAGCCACUGACAGCCCUGCAUUGUCUCAUUUGUUUCAGAAUUAGCUGUCUUUUCAAUCUAAUGUCAGUACUUAUUGUUUGAACUCCGAUGGGCUGGUUUUGCCAAUUAUCAUCAGUGUCUUUUGUGAAGCAGCUUGCCCAGGCUUUUAAAGCACAAUUACCAGCCUGGUGCAGCAGAUAGGAUGCCUGUGACAUUUUCACAUGCUGAAAAUAAAUACGUAAAAUAUAACAAAACAAGACUUUUAUUAGUAACAUACUUCUAGGAAGGAAUAUAAAGUAGCCAUUAGGAAUCCCGCUAACAUCAUUGGUCAUUAUGACAAGAAGGAAAACAGCUUUCUUAGGGCUUUGAUUUCUUUUUUCUUCUUAAUGGGUACUCCCUUCUCACCAUCACCAGCAGACAAUCUUGUCUAUUAGCAUUUACUCGGCGCUUACCACUUUUAUAUUUCUUCAUAACCUCGGCAAUUCAAGUAACAUCGCAGCUCCGCUCUGAACCUUUACUUUGGUACAUACGGAUAACGAUGCAGCACCAAAGAUGCCCCCCACCCUCACUGCCAUCGCAGAGGCUUCCAGGUGGGGUCAUUUGGCUGAGUCAAUCCUGUCACCAUAAACUACAUUUAUACCUCAUCCAAAAGGGUUUUGCAGAGCAGUUGAUGCUCAGUUUUAGUCCUAUGUAAUCCAUCGUUCCGAGGAGCUCAGAUGUGUGCGGUGUCUGCACGAGGCAGCUCCUUCCAGCAGCAGCACCGCUCCAUUCUGAGGGCAGAGCCAGACAGAGGGCUCGGAUGUGUCCUCUUCAUACCCCUACACUGUAUUUAAUUGAGACUCUGUGCGCAGUGCAAAAUCAAUUACAAUGCAGCACCAGAUUUAAAUGCGAUGUCAGUGCGACUGCACGGUUUGGUUUGCCCUCUGUGAAGCAGGGUCAGGCUCUGUUAGACAGGAGCCAAGCAAGAACCAGCCCAGACUUUUCCAAUUAAAACUGGAAUGACAAAUUAUUGAAAGGAGUCUGCACCAUUUCUAAUGGUGAAAAACAGAUGGUAGGUAGGAUGAGUUCCAUAACAGCCCAGAGCUGAUCUCUAGGACAAGAGGAGAGAAUCAUGAAUGCCCGUGGAUUCAACACAGCUACCAUCAUCCACUUUUCUCUCCUGCAGAGCAGGUCUAGCGCAGCACAACACUUGGUGCUUCCCCCUGGCCCACAGUGCUGCACAUCUGUUAAACUCUGCAUAAAGGAUUAGGGUGUGAAACUCAGAUUCAAAGCAGAAUCCUUCUGUUACUGUUUUAGAAGUUUUACAGAGAUAAGCCAAUCUUAGCCAUGGAGCACCAGCUCUUGGUUACAUGGCUCUGGAAUAAAAUUUAUAGUACCAUAGAACUGUUCCAGUUAGCAGGGACCUUCAAAGGCCAUCUGGUCCCACUCCCCACAAUGACCAGGGACACCCACAGUUCCAUAGGUGCUCAGACUCCAUCCCUGACCUUGGGUGUCUGCAGGGAUGGGGCAUCACUGCCUCUCUGGGCACUGUUGGAAAGCUCCAAGUAAACUGAUGAGCAAAGUUCCUACCUGUUGUUCGUGCCUCUCUUUCAAGUAAUUAAUGCAGUCAGUAUGGGAACUGAGUCAGGUUACAAAGCCAAACCCUGUUUCAAGCCAUGUGCAGCAGCUUCAUCAUUUAAAUACAUUCUUGUGCAGUGUAUCCAUGACAAAUGAUUUUGCUUCCCAUGGCAAGUCUCGGUUUUUAGGCUAAUGAACAGAUAUCUCACACUCCCUGAUUCAGGCCUUCCAUCUCCCCAGCCCCACGAGUACAGCCUUUGUUCUGGCAGGUUUGAUGCAUUUGCCCUUUACACCACUGGUGUUUGCUGCUUAAUUACCAGGCGGGGCUACAAAAUGGAAGCAUGCAGCAGUACAGGCUGCGUGCAGCGAGAUCUGGAAGUGCUGCACAGCAGGAUUCCUCUUGCAUUUGUGAAAUCACUCAGCAGAAUUACAGCUUUUGCUGGCAAAGCUACUUAAAAGCAAAUAAGGUCAAAAAAGCAUUAAGGAGCCUGAAGGGAAAGCCCGGCAUUAUUCACCCGUUCAGAACAUAAAGCUUCUGUGUCAACCACGAGCAGUUAGAGUAAACAUUUGUACAGCACUUCACCUCCAUGAAUGGGGUGAGCAGAGGGGAAUUAUUUCUGGUGGGUAAUGUGAUGGUUUCCCUGCAAACCACAAACGAUGGGAGCAGGUGGGAGGCCGUAGCUCCCCAUGGCACAGCCCUGCUGCAGCCACGUGCCACGUCCUGCCUAUGGAACCUUCGUGAUUUAAGCGACGUGAGCGAUAAAUGCGUGUAACCAAACGCAAAUCAGCCUAUGAACAGAGCUUGAAUCUCAUCUGGGGACACAGAAAAAGAGACGAGCUAAUACGGAGCUACUAGAAAAUGUUUCCCACGGUUGACCUUAUUGAAGUACUUCUUAGUAGCCCAAAGGUAGGAAGCAUGCACAGCAUGCUCGUGGGUUUUAAAAAACACAGAUAGGAUUGUAUGUAUGGCAGCAAUCCCAUAAACACACCUUAGCUAUAAAAGAAGUCACCGUUUUUUUACCUAGUGCCCAAAACUCGGGGGAAUUUGUACUGGCAGUAUUCAUGAUCAGACCAAACAAAAUCAGCCAUGACAACACGCUCUUAAUGAAUUUCAGAACAGCAAACACUGAGCUAGCUAAUGUCAGCAAGUGAUGCUGCACUUUAUUCCAGAACAAAUACAAUGUCUUAGUGACAAAAGAAAAAACUCCAGGCCUUAUUUGUGCACGGGCAGCUUUCCUGCAAAUAAACUUGCAUAAAUGACAGUGAAUCAAAGUGUAACACUGAGCUCAAUGUGGGAACACUGCUGUACGAAGUGCCACUCACACCGUGUCGGACUCAGAUUCACAUUAUGGAUGAUACCCAUCACACCUUUAUCUGUCUUCUGCUGAUGAAAUUUGUGCUGUGAGUCAAUGUACAGCAUCCGUGUCAAAAGAUCAGAUAUUGUAUUUGUUUGUUUUCUAGCUUGCUUGUACCUGAUAACAGCAUAAGCCGAGCGAAUCCAAGGAAAAAUAAUUCAUCACAGUGCUCUGUUCCCCCCUGCACUGCCGCAGAGAUAUUCCCAUCACAAGUGUGAGUCCGACUGCAUCAAAUUCCGCUUAAGCAUCAUCCAUCAGCUGCACAGAGAGCACUUUCCUAAGGCUCCUGUAGGGCUGACGGAGCUGAGCACAUUGGUCGGAGCACAGCCAGGUCAGCAUUGCCCCGACACCCACCUCUGCACUCCCACCCUGCACCAGGCCCUGUGCUGCAGGGACGUCCCUGCCCUGUGCACCGGGGUCACUGCAGCCCCAGCUGCCAGCCAUGGAUAAAGCCAUCCCCACCGUGACCCCACAGACAGCCCCAGGGGUUGGGUCACCUCUCCCUGUGCUCAGACCCCUUCUGUUAAGGAUUGUAUCUCACUCUAGAAUCAGGUUAUGGAUUGUACACGAUUAGAAAGGGAUAUGCAUAGAGAUAUAUAUACUAACCUUUUUUAGUCAUUUCUAAAUAAUUCAUCUCCAAUACUACAGGAUAGGGUGAGGGGUUUUGUUUUUAACAAGCGCUUUACAGCCACUGAAUUGAACGGAUGCCUUAUUUGUGAGGGUGGGAGGGAUUUGGAGGAGCAGCCCCUGCUGCACAGGCUGCCACAGAGCCCUGCAGGAUGGACAGCCCAGGCAGCAGGGCUGGAAGGCAGCGCAGGGCUGUGCUCCUGGGCCGGGCACUGUGCAAUGUGAGCCAAGCAGGAGCACUGCAAUGCUGCAGCACGUGGGGAUCUGCCUGCACCGCCAGGUGCGUCCCACAAGGAAUGAAAGAGCCUCUGCAGAACAGAUGGAAAAGCUUUCCUCCAAAGCCACUCAGUAAUUGCCUUGUAACCUCACUUCUGUACGAUGGGUAGGAAUGGAAUCACUUCCAUUAAGCAUCGGUUAGGUGAACUUCUCCCAGGAUUAAAAUAUAGCAACGUUUUUGUUUUCUGUUGUUUUCAAAGAGUUUAACCUGAGGUCAACAGAGUCCCUAACUCUUUCCAAAACUCAGCAACAGCCCAUAGGGAUGAGCAUACUUAUUUCCUGCAUCUGUUCUCCAAAUUAAAUCAGAAACUGCUUAUAAAGGAACAUUCCUGGCAGUCCCCAGGGGAGCUCUGAUGGAGACCUGCCGUGACGGCGAUGCUCACUGCUGAGAUCUCCAUGCUGCGGCACGGCUGGAACCUUUCCUCACUUCUUUUUCGUUUGAUACUGUACUAAUUGUAAGGGAAAUGUAACACCACCACAGGGAUAAAAUCUGGAGUGCUGGCGAGACACCGGUUGGGUUCAAUGGAUCAAGAGAUACGUUUUAGAUGUUGCUGUGCCAUGAGAGCAGCGAGCAGCCAUGCCCUCACACUGCAGCACCAUUUGUGUUUGCUCUGGCACGAGGAACGUGGCGCGAGGGCGUUUUAGUGGCACAUGUGAACACGAAGGCAGAGCCCAUGUGCCAUUAACACAAUGCUGCUCUUUGGCACUCGUGAUAAUGUACCUUGUUUAACUACGACCAAAUCCAACCAGCCCAAACUUCAGCACUGCACAGCAUCUUGUGACACACACAGUGUUUUCGGUAGCAACAGACUAUGGGAUGUGGGGGCUGCAGCCUGGUAGGACAUACCCGUGUUUCUCGCUUCUAUGUACUAUUUUGUAUGGGUUAGAGAAGAUGGCCUCUGUUGUGCAUUGUUUGUGAAAUGUUUCUUAUCCCAGAGAGGUGUACGAUGUAAAAUACGUCAGUGAAAAGUGUAUAUUUUAUGUGAGAGGAAAAUACAUUUUAAUAAAGGUAAAGCUUUGUUAGCUGUAAAAAUGGCAACUGUUCAAGUGUACAGUAACUUCUUACUAAUGUACGAAAAUCUGUGAUAUUUUUGAUUUGAUUGUAUUUGUAUUGCCCAAAUAAAACAUUUUGGCUGUA